GAGUUUUUUUUUUAUUCGUCUUUUUGUCAACGAGAGAUUAGAACAAUUAUUUUGACAUGAGCUGCCAUGACAAUUUAGAUCUUCCGCUGCUCAGCUUGGGAAGUGAUUACAAAGUAGAACAUUACAUGUUGAGAUUGACUUGUGACGUAGAACAGCGAUGUUUUAGCGGUGAGGUUUAUGUGUUUAUCGAGCAAGUUGGGUCAGGGUCAACCCUAACUUUAGAUUUAAAAGAUCUACACAUUGAUACAGUUGAAGAAGUGAAUGCCGAUGAGGAAGAAGUAUCAACCCUCUUAGAUAGUUUUGACAAACGGAAGAGUAAUGAAUUGUUUAUUUAUUGGACUUCAAAGAAAGAGAGACAAGCAUUAAACCCAAGCUUGGAAAGUUGGUGUAUCAAAGUUGAAAACCUCCAAAAGAAAAAAGCUGUUCUUUGUUUUACUUACCGAACAAAGCCAGAAGGUAGUUCAGUGUCCUGGUUUCUUGAUGACGAUGGGAAAUGUUGCUGCCUUACUACAGGAAGCUUAGUCAACAAUAGAUCUCUCUUUCCUUAUCAAGAUGCACCAACACUGAUGGCUACCUGGCAGUUAUUAUUGCAAGUGCCCAGUGGUUUCGUUGCAACUACUACUGGUGAUGACAGAGGAUUUUUAACCGAUAUGGGCAUUUAUUUUUACACAUCUAUGCUACUACCACUGUCUACAUUUGCUCUUGCAAUCGGAAAAUGGAAACGUGAAGAGAUCCCUUUUCAUUUGGAAUCGAAAACACCCGAUGAUAGAAUAAUAGAAUGUCGACAUCCGUAUUACCCUUGCCCUUUCGCCCAUUCAGACUUUGCUGGUCCUGAAAUCCCUUGUCAAAUGUUCUAUUCGAAUUCCUGCGAUCCAUCGCUAUUUAAGGAUUACAUUCCUUCUUCGAUUGAAGCCAUAUUUCACAUCUUGGGAAGACAUGUUGUCCCGAAACUGGAUUUUGUAAUCAUGCCUCGGUCAGUGACUUGUCUUGGAUUCGCUUCUCCGGGAUUAAUUUUGAUCUCGCCCAGUAUUCUUUACGGCCAUUCACCAAUGUUGGCUAGACUAGGCCAUGAAAUUAGCCACUCUUGGUUCGGCAUUAAUAUCGGGCCUAAAAAUUGGAAUGAAGAGUGGAUCAGUGAAGGCUUUGCAACGUUCAUGGAGGAUGUGGUCGACUUGAAGAUGUCCAAAUUUGCUCGUCGAAGUGAACUCAUGGAGCUGAAAGCAAUUAAUCGAUAUCAGAUUCUAAAGUCGGACUGUCAGAAUGUGGAUCCGUUUCUUCAAAGUGUCAGUUCAUUGAAUCCGGAAACUAAUGUUGUGAUCAAUGGAUUGCAUCGGGAUAAAACAGUCUCGCAAAUACCCUAUCUAAAAGGUUAUUUUUUCCUAGUCCAAUUGGUCAAAAUUGUUGGCUUAGACCCCCUCCUGGUAGCUCUGAAAUGCUAUGUUGAAUAUUUUCACGGUUGUUUGAUAACAACAACGGAGUGCGUCGAUUUCUUUUGUCAUCAGUUUCAGCAAAAGGAAGAGAUUCGUCAUCAUUCCCAGCUUUGGCUGUACAAUUCAUCCUUGCCCGAAUGGAAACCUGAAUUUUCCACCAUGAACAUUCUUGAUGCACAAGUCACUCAACAUCUUGAAUAUUGGAAGCGGCCAAGAGGAAAUCCACCUUUAUUUCCUUUUGCCCAAGCCAUGCCUGAUCAAGUGCUUGCUUUAUUGGAUCGCUUAUUGGAACAAGAAAGCAAGUUGAUAUCCGCGAAAAGCGUGCGCCUUCUUAUGGGUCACUACGAGCCUCAUUUAAUUAAUGCGGAUACGCACCAUCGAGCUUGUGAAUUGAUUGUUGCCCAGCAAUGUGCUAGGCUAUUGCCAAUGGUUCGCGAGUUUUUACUGCAGCAUCCGGCCAUGGGCGCUUAUCUUUACGGAGAACUUGUCCACACUAAUCGUCCCCAGUUUCAGACCGUUGCUAGGGAAACGUAUCUUCACCUAGAAAGCAAAUUGGACACCAAUUUCAAAACUAUUAUAAGAGACCUUAUCUUCUAGCGACUGAAAUAAAUAUGUAUUUAUCUUUAAU